CCCAAGGAGAGACAAGACUUGCCCAACAUCACAUGCUGGUUGAAACACAGGCAGAACUGGAUCCAAGUCCUCCAACAUGCAGGACUUGUGCCACCCUGUCGUCAGUUCUUGCACAAGCAUCUUGCCCUGAGGUGGAGCCAGAAAGAGACACACAAGUGCCACACGAUCCACCCUUCUUCCUCGUCCUCUGACUCAGAUCCUGUGGCCUCCAAGGACUGAAGAUGUUAAUUUGGAGAUCUUAUUAGGUGUUGGCAGCAGAAACAUGAGGAUCCAGAGCUUCCUCCUCCUGGCGGCCCUCCUGGCUUUGGGGAGCCAAGUGCCUGCUGUCUCUGGCAGGAGAAAGGGAGAGAAACAUGGGGGCUGCCCACCAGAUGACAAGCCCUGCCUCUCAGUGCCUGACCAGUGCACUGGCGACAGACAGUGUCCCUCAGGCAAGAAGUGCUGUUCCCAAGCUUGUUUCCGCCAGUGUGUCCCCAGGGUCUUAGUAAAGCCAGGUGGCUGCCCUAAGGACCAACUGCGCUGCCUCAGCCCCGUGCAGCACCUGUGCAGCCGUGACUUUGACUGUCCACGCGGGAAGCGGUGUUGCCCAGGUGCCUGUGGCCGCGAUUGCCGAAAUCCUGUCAGAGGCUAAUUCUGACUUUGGAUCAUGACUCUGCACCCCAACGGGAACAGCCAAGGACCUGGACACCCAAAAGGCAUUAUCUCUGCCAGGGUCCGACCAGAUAGACCCUCACCCGUUGAGACCUCCCUGCAACACAUUUGCCCUGGCUUCUCCUCCCGGGGGUCAGGGUCCAUAGUCUCACCUGGAAGGCACUCCUCUUUAUCACUUUAGGACCCCGUAUCACUGCCAUGCUGAGCUUCCCACCCUCCCAAGUACCCAUUUUCACAUCGCUGCACAUUCUGUUUCCUCCACCUAAAAUACACAUCUCGGGUGGGCCCCUAUUUGGAGAUCCCAGAACCCAGAAUGCAGGUCCUAAUAGAAUCUCUAAAAAUUGGGCUCUUCACACACAUAAACUUUAACAAUUUUCCUCUUACUUGCAAAAUAGCAUCAUCAUAUGUUGCACACUGCUUGUAUUGCUGUUUAUUUACUGCUUUGCUUUAAAGGAUUCACUUUUGUAUGUAACUGUAUUUCAACAGAAAAUCAUACUCAAGGUCAGUGGCCACAAAUAGAAUAUCACUGUAAAAAGAAAUGCAAUGAAAACAGCUUGGUUCCACUAAAUUAAAUCAUAUCCAAUUAAAUAUUAUUAAACUCUAGCUAGAUGAGGCCAUGUGCCAAGAUAGCCUGAA